GGUUAAUUAAAUAAAUGGGUACUAAAAGAAAGAGAGUGAUAAUGCAGGCAGGAUCCCUUUUGAAUCCGAUCUUUAGAUACAUUUUGAAGAUGAAUUUCGUUGCCAAUCCCACUGAUAUUCAUGGCACAAGGCUACUGAGGUUUAUUUAAUGAGCAUUCCCCUUUUUUAGACACUUGCAAUAUUAAACUAUGAAUCUUAAUAAGAAAUUGCACCAGCCUAACUUUGAAUCCACUUACAGAGAGUCAGUCGAAUGCAUUUCAAGUAAAUGGGAAAUCAAAUUCGGUAUGUGCUUCUGAUUAUUCCAAGUGAAUGGGUGGGAGAGAACAUUCUACAUGAAAUACGCAGACAUGUCGACUCUGCAUCAAACUAUAAGGCAAUACAAUCAUUUCAUCGAAGGUCAAAGGGCUCUUCAAGGCGAGGAUGAUGAACCCGAUGAUACCCUAUUAUAAUAUUGAAUAAAAUAUAUAGAGAGAAUUAUCAG